AUGAUGUGCGGCACGCGAGAUUUCUACGCGUUAAUCGCAACUCUCGUAUUAAUACUAUCGACGGUCAGAGCUUGGAACUCUGCAACAAACUCGAACACGUCUUACAUGGACGACUAUGAAAACUCGUGGUCACCCUGGUCCGAUUGGUCGUCGUGUUCUCGAACGUGCGAUGGCGGAGCCACUUAUCAACUACGAAGGUGCAAUGCAGUGGUCGGCUGUAAAGGUCACCACGUCAGAUACAAAAUCUGCAACAUGGAGCCGUGCCCCGACGGAUUGGAUUUCCGAGCGGUGCAGUGUUCAGCCUACAACGACCAGCCGUACGACGGCGAGACCGUGGAAUGGCACCCUUACUACGACGAGGAGAGCCCUUGCACGCUAAUGUGCGUCGACUCCAAAGGCCGAGUGGAAGAAAUGGCCCCGAGGGUGCGAGAUGGCACAAGGUGCAGGCUGGGCUCGUUGGACAUGUGCAUCGACGGCGUUUGUCAGAGGGUCGGCUGCAAUUUAGAAAUCGGAUCAAAGGCCAGCGUGGACGAAUGUGGAGUCUGUGGCGGAGAUGGUACGUCGUGUUCGAAGGACCUACACCACUGGGGAAAAAUGGGCACUGGUUGUUCGGUGUCUUGCGGCGGAGGGUAUGAAAUGUCUAGAAUAAUCUGUCAAAACCGAGACACGGGCGUUGAAGUGGAUGCUGAUCUAUGCCCGGGCGAGAGACCAACCGGCAGCGAUUUAUCUGUGGAGUGUAACAGCCAACCGUGCCCUCCCAAGUGGGUGGCUGACGACAACUGGAGUCCCUGUAGCAAAACAUGUGGAGGCGGAAUAAGGGUACGACACGUUUAUUGUGUGGAAGAAACAAAUGGCACUAGAACAAAGGUAUGGCAUCACAUGUGUCACGGGCACAAACCUAAAAUUCAGGAACAGUGCAACAUCCAACCGUGUUAUUCCGACUGGUCAACAGGUGAAUGGUCCAAAUGUUCGGCGACUUGUGGCGACGGAAUGCAGAUCAGAAACAUCACUUGCAAAUCGAAACAAAAGUAUCUGACUUGCGACCCGAUGACCGAGCCCAGGCGGACCAAAACUUGUUCUGCGAACUUGCCGUGCUACCACGACAAUUUCGACUCAGACUCGGAUUUCCAAGUGUCGUCCAAAUCGAGUUUUUCACAAGCCCUCGCUCAGCGAUUGAUCGGCCAACAAAAAACUUCUCCUCACACACUGUUCGUUUCCGACAAUUGGAGCCCAUGCAGCGUCACGUGCGGCGAUGGUAUCAGGACGAGAAAGGUGUACUGCAAAGCUCAUUUAGAUUACACUCAGAUCAUGACCAAGUUAACAGACGACGCGUGCGUCGGUCCCAAACCACCGGAGGUGGAAAAAUGCUUCUCGGUGCCAUGCUCGUUGAACAAAAUAUUUGAUCAAAAUGAGAGAUCCAUCAGGGACGGAUACGCGGACGCCAGCUCCGAUGAUUUCAAUCCACCGAAAGUCGCCCCCGGUUCGUUUGGUAAAACAUACUCUUGGAAAAGAGAAGGCUUUACGCAUUGCAGUGCUUCUUGUCUUGGAGGCGUACAAGAAUCGUUGGUGUUGUGCGUACGUGAAGAGGACAAGAAAAUCGUCUCCCCAUACUUGUGUUCCCGAAACGAUCAACCUGAAGUACUGACGCAGACGUGCAACGACCAGCCUUGCCCGCCCCGGUGGAACGUUAGCGAUUUCCAGCCGUGUUCGCAGAGCUGUGGCAUCGGACUUCAGAUGCGAGAGGUCAACUGCAUACAUGAGGUGACUGAAGGGAACACAGCUAUCGUGCCGAACAACAUGUGUCCACAACCCCCACCCACAGACCGGAAGCAAUGCAACAUGAUAGACUGUCCCACGGAAUGGCGGACUUCCGAAUGGUCGAAGUGUAGUAAAAAGUGUAACGGUGGCGUCAAAACCAGAGUGGUGGAGUGCGUGCAGAGAAUUGCCCACGGGCACAUCAUAAACCGGCCGGACACGGAUUGCGGCACCGACAAGCCACUCAAUAGCAGACUGUGCAAUCCAAACGCUUGCAGUUCGCAGGAAGCGGUCAUGGUGUCAGACGUGGCUCAGAAAUACGAACAGGCUACCACCGAGGAAGACGUAAUGCUCAAAGUUGGCGGCGAAGCGACGGUGUACAGAGGGGUGGAAAUGAAGAUGAGGUGUCCCGUCAACAAGAGGGGGAAAAUACAGUGGUCCAAAGACGGUCAGCCGUUGCAAAAUGGCAAGAAAGUUCGGAUAUCGAAAAAAGGCAUACUCAAGAUCCGGGCCACCACAUACUCGGACCGAGGAACCUAUACGUGUGUUGCUGGCAACGCCCAAGCUACAAUGAACAUCAACAUCAAACCCCAGCCGGGAGAGUUUCCUAGUUCCGAAGAAAUCGACAAGCCUUUGAACCAACAAGACCCAGGCAUGAAUCCUUCGUACGCGAAUCCGCAAGGGAUAGAACCAUCAUUUGACAUCAGCCACGAACGCAUCAAAGGCGAGCACAAUCGGGAACAGAAACACAAACAGUCGCGACAGAAAACUACCACCAUUCAGUCUACCGUAACGAGUACGGCGUCUUCCGAAAAACACGUAGUGGAAACAGAGAAAAAUGCUAUAGACGUCUCCCCAAAACCCACCACUUCCGGAAGUUCACGAAACUUGCCUCACCUUCACAGUCUUCUUUUUAACCUCAAGGCUCUGUGGCCGUUUCAGGGUGUGAGCAACGCACGGGUGAAUAGAAUGUUUAUGGAAGAACCGGCGAACCCAGCUCCAGAAAUCGAAACCAGCACCGAGGACAUGUUUGGCAAACCCGUUUUGCUCGGCAAAGGUGACCGCAAGAGUGUGAAAUUCGAAUGGGUCAUCACGGAAUGGUCGGACUGCUCUCCGCCUUGCGGGGGAAACGGUUUUCAGAUGAGAGCUGCCCACUGCAUGGUCAAACUAAACAAUAUGACACAAAGCGUGGACAACAACUUGUGCGAGGACGCCCGGCUGCCGACUCCCGUCACCAUACAAAAGUGCGAGACAGAUGAUUGUCCGCAGUGGUCGGUGACCGAAUGGAAACCAUGUGAGGAGUCCAAGUGUUUCACCUGGAAUACUGCGAUGCAGAGGCGAAACGUGUACUGUCAGAAUUCGGAUGGAGCCACUAUAUCGGACGAGGCGUGCCACGGGAUCGAAAAGCCGGUGAACCGGAAGGAAUGCUACAACGAUCAGUGCAAAGGCACUUGGAAAGUGGGCGAGUGGUCCGAGUGUACGGCGUCAUGCGAAAAGGACGGUCUGAGGUACCGAAUAUUGCAAUGCGUCUGGUACGGCACCAACAAGCCCGCCGGGACCGCCUGCCGCGACCAGCCCAGGCCACCGGUAAUGAAGACUUGCACCGGACCGCAGUGCGCAACAAAAGACGAAUGCAAAGAUCACAGCAAACACAACUGCAAGAACGUAAAACAAAUGAACAUGUGUCAUUUGCGUCAAUACCAAACACAGUGUUGUCUUUCGUGUGCAUAA